GUCAGUCGGGCCGGACCCGUGAGAAGGCGAGGAGGUGUCCGUGAGGAGCCGGGGAUCCGGUCACUAUCUGCGCUGUGAACUCCGGGAGAGGCCGUACCACUGCGAUAGCCAAGAUGACCGGCGGGCGCCGCUCGCCGCUGCUGGUGGCCGCCGCGCUGCUGCUCGUCCUGACCCCCACCGCCGAACCGUACGGCUACGGGCGGCUGGCCGAACUGGCGCGGCGCCGCUUCUCCGGCGGCCUGGUGUCCGGACAGCGACUGUCCUCCGGUCUGGGCAGACACGUGGCUGCCGUGGCCGACAGCCUGCGGGCCGGCGCAGACAGGAGCGACAGUGACGUCGACGACCUCCGCUCGAAGCUGGAUAAGGAGCUGGAGCCGGCGCUGGACCCGCCUCCCCGUCGGAGGCUGGAGCUCAAACGCUUCCUGCGCCGCCAGCACCACCACCAUAAAAAGAUGAUGGCCAAAAAUAAACGGCUCAGCAACAAGAACGAAAUAUGUCUGUUCAAGGCCCUGCGGCGGUGCGGCAACCACCUCAUCACAGAGUUAUCCUCGGACAUGACGUUUGACCAUCGCUGCUCCUCCAAGGAGGAUUUUCUCGACUGUAUGUCGCGCAUGCAGCACGGCCGGUGUCACGUGAAGCACGCCCGCCACGGUCCGUCGCGGGCGCUGGUGCAGCAGUACCAACAGCGGCUCAGGCGCCUCCUGAAGGCCACCCGAGGCUGCGUCAUCGGCAUCGACCUCUCUACAGAGACCGACUGAGACGGACAGAAGGAAGGCCAAACGGUGGAGCGACCGGUGACUGAGCCAGGCACCGAGAGGUGACUGAAACAGGCACCGAGACGCGACUGAAUCAGGCACGGCAGUGCUGAAUCAGGCUACUGAUCAACGGUCAGCGGUAGCACACGCAGUCCGGUAUCGGUAAAUGUUGGCGUGUCUACAGAAGGGUAAGAUCCAGUGUGCUAACCAGGGCACUGCUGUUCGACCUUUGGUAUGAGCAUGUGUACCGUAGUCCGGACUUUGGUACGUACCGCUGUCUGUUUUUUGUACGGACCUGUGUAGACCCGUCCGACCUUUGGCUAAGACCUGUGUACCAAAGGUCGAACACGGACUAAUGUAUCGCUGUCCGAUCAUUGGAACGGACUGGUGUACCGCUGUCCGAUCAUUGGUACACAGUACACACUGGUGUACCGCUAUCCGUAAGUCCUCACUCCAGAGGCAGGUGGAAGAAAGAUCUCACUAGAUUUAGGGUCGACUGAAGAACGGUUGUGAUCAGCUGUAUUCUCCUGAAAUGCGAUACCCGGUUUUUGUGAAAGUAGGUACUGUUUGUUUGCGGACAGAAAAACCGGCAGCGGACAGGACUUGUCCGGCAUCUGAUGUCGCCGACGUCGUACCGUUACCUGUGGGACUGUCUGUGUGUGGGACUGUCGGCGUGUCUCGGACAUGUGGGGUGUAUUUUUGUGUGGAGGGUAUUUUGCUGCGUCCCGUGUUGCUGGCUCGACACUGGCAGAUCUCAGGUGAAUGCUUAUGGAGCGGCUGCGCAGCUUCCUAUCGCCGCGUCUGGCCCGUCUGAAUAUUAUCUCACCCCUGCGGAGGAAGGGGAUCACGAUGUAGCGGAGUGCUCCCUCCUCCCUCCUUCCGCGAACGGCUCUGGGCCGCACCCUCCCUCCCCGGCACCGCCCAGUCCCGGGAUGUUGCAAUGUUCGCUCCCCUCCCGAGCUCCAGUAAUCGCAGGCUGAUACAACGCGCCCGGUGAAAUCGGAGGGGAGCUCUCGACCGGCACAUUUCUCGCCCUCCGCCAGUCUGCUGCAAACGCGCCGUCUGGGCCCGCCCGCCCGCUUCUGGCGACGGCAGACCUCCUCUGAGAGUAGCCUCACACCUUUGUGUGGUGACCUCACACCUUCGCCCGGAGUGACGUCAGACCACCAGGCUCUGAGUGACGCCACAUCUCCGUACAGUGACGCCAGACCACCAGGCUCUGAGUGACGUCAGACCUCCCGGUGGAGUGACGCGCUCCGGACGUAGGCGUAUGUCCGGUAGCACGCCCUGUGCGGGCGGCGCGCGCCCGUAAGCCCCCGGCGCCGCCCUCGGCCGGCGACUGACCACUCGGUCCGUCUCCUCUCUCCGUCUCUGCCGGCGGCACUGUGCAGUGUGCAGCAUCCCGCAGCCCCCGACCGCCAUGUGAUAAUGAUCGCACAGCUCGCACCGCUCCGCGGAAAGCCCCGUUCUACCAUGGGAGCGAGCGAACGGCCGGAGAGCGGGCGGGGGUAGUUCGCAGGAACGCGCCGCCGCCGCCGACCUCCGUCGAUUCUUCUGAAGUGAUUAGGCCGCCGGCGGCGACAGAGCUGAGGGCAGAGGCCAGGGCCAAGAGCCGGCUGAUUCGGGGAGGGCCGGCGGCGUCGAUCUGGGCCGCCGAGGGCUGAUCUAACCGUCCAAAGGGCGGCGUGGCGCGAUGGGAGGCUGGCCGGGUCAGUCGGAGGUGAUCUCACCCGAGGCCGCGGCGCCCGGUCACCAAAUCCGCGUGGGUAGCCGGGGCUCCGGGAACCAGCACCACUUCAUGAGGAGGGUGGGGAGAUCAGCGGAUGACCGAGUGUCUGACGGCUAAAACCGUCCGCGGGAAGGCAAGGUAACACUCCGCGAAUGGAGGCCGAGAAUUCAGAACUGAGCAGGGCGUGAAAUGCACUCUUUCCAAUUUACGAGGUGGCAUGAAACUCGACCUAUCUCAUGCGAUAAGUGAGCCCAACGCUGUGUGGCACCUGGCUAUCAACUCAACACAUUGGAGCGGUUCGUGGGCGUACUUACAAAUCCGGCGACAUGGAGGGCCGGUGUAUGUGCUCUGUGUGAUGAAUGUUUAUUUAUUGGUGUUCGAUGUGAUUGGUGGUACAAUAAAGAUGACACAAAA